AUGGCUAUUGAAACAAGCUACGCCUCCCAGAUUGCCUCUCUGACCGAAAAAGUGGCACAACUGGAGCGCCGGUUGCAAGAACAGGAGGACGUCGAAGCCGUCCGGCGCCUGAUCGACCACUACACGGCACUGCACGACCUGGCCUUUCAGGACCCCAAGGCGCUGCAACAGUGGGAGGACCUGUUCACGGAAGACGCACACGUGAAAUACGCGUUUGGCGAGCACUUUGGCCGCAAGGGGCUGGGGGCAUGGGCCUGGGGCCCCGAGGUGGCCCAGUACGACCAGUGCCACCUGCAGAGCAGCAACUUUGACAUCAGCUUCAGCAAGGACCGACAAAUCGCUUAUGUGCGGUCCAACGGCAUCACCCACUGGCUGUACAAGCGCGACGAGCUGGACAGGCACUUCGACGCUGGCGCUGUCUACCGCUGGACAAUUCGCCGCGAACCGGACGGCAGGUGGGCUAUCUGGAAGAUUGACCUGUACUGUGCGUGGAUGACGGGCCAGGAUCCUAACGGCGUUAGCGGACGAGCCACGUGA